AUGUCAUCGACUAAAGCUCUCCUCAAAUCCGCUCGCGAUAAGCUCAACAAGAAGGACUUUGCGGGUGCGAGGGAUGCGGCGGAGAGGAUUUUAGAUUUCGAGGGUGCAAAUUACACUGCACAUGUCUUUUUGGCACUGGCGUUGCUCGAGUUGGGCGAGAACGAGAGAAGUGAGCAGGUUUAUAAGAGUGCGAUUGAACUCGAACCCCAGCAGCUAUUAGCUCGACAAGGCCUUGCAAAGUUUUAUGAACGGACGGGGAAUACUGGUGCAUUGUUGGAGAGUCUGGAGGAGUUGGUGAAGGCAUAUGUUAAAGCAAACGAUGCGACCAAAGUUGCCGAGACGUUGCAGAGGGUGUUGGAGAUUAGGAGGACAGAAGGAAGUAAACCUGAAGCACGUAUACGCAAAGCCUUUCUGGUUCAAACUCUCCUCCUGUUCCUUCCCAACUCGCCUUAUUAUUCCCUCCUUUCCACACUCCCACCUCCAGAUCCUACAAACCCGACAUCCUCGACUGUCUUUUUGACACAGAGUAUCAUCCAUGAUUCUUUGCCUACCUAUGAGGAGAUUGUGGAAAUCUUGGAGAAGGAGGAGGAAACGAAGACGAGUAAAGAGUUCAAUGCGAGGAGGAUGAGGCUUGGAGCGCCCAAACCAGAUGUGAUUCGGAGGGAUGUCGAUAGAGAGGUUUGCGAGGCAUCCAAGCUACCGGAACUCUACGACGAGAUCUUGAGUCACCCAAAAGCGACGGAUGAACUCCGCCUAUCCACGGAAUCCAAGCUUCUGAGGUAUAAGCAGAAGCAUCUGUACUCAAUCCCUGCGAGCGAUGAGAAGACGAAGGGGAAGCUGUUGAAGGAGCUGGAAGAGUUGGUGCAGGGUGCGAUUCUGUUGAAGAGGAGGGAUGAGAGGACGUGGUGUUUGUUUUUGGAUUGGCAGGAUUAUGAGGAUGUAGCGGAUAUCGAUCAGGGGCUUCUCAAGACGUUUGUGGAGCUGUUCCCUGAGAACGCACUUUCAGAGGUUGUGAGAGGGUAUUUCUGGUUUCAUAAUAUUCGGUUGGAAGAGGACGAGGAAAGGGAUAAGGAGGAGGGGAAGGAGGAGGUUGAUACCAGCGAGACAGGGUUGGAUACCCUUCUGAAUGCUCCCACCUCAACUUCGGAUGGCGUACUCCCUCGAAGGAUUCUCAGUGAUGCAUAUCUCUUCAUCGAGGACUACGAAAAUGCUGCCGCUAUCGCUAAAGAGGCGUUGCGGAAAUUAGACGAAGUUGAAUCAUCAUUGGGCCGGACGAUGAAGAAGACACGAAUGGGACUCCAAGUUGUCCUCCUAACCUCCCUCACCCACCUCUUCCCCCCAAAGCACCACAUUCAGGCGAUGGAGUUGAUCACACAAGUCCUCAACUUCUCCCCCUUGAAUAUCAAAACCUUGAUGGCGAAAGGCUACAUCCUCCAAGCUCGCAAGGAAUGGGCGGAUGCUCAAAGCUGCUUCGACCAAGUCGUAGAACAUUCCGAUGACGAUGCGCUGGUCCUGAGAGCUCAGGAGGAGAGUGCUUGGUGCGAGACAUUGCUUGGUGUUGGGCAGUCGGCGAUCGACAAAUUGAAGGCGGUAUGCAAGAGUUUGGAAGGACUGGCUAUUGAGAACGAGUUGGAUCUUGCCAGAUGCUUGUGGAGAAUCGGGCAGAGCUAUUGGAAUCUCGGUGGUGACGAGCGACAACACGCAUUCCCCAAUUUCAUAGCCGCCCUUAAAAAGGACCCGGAAUAUGCAGCUGCAUUCACAUCUCUUGGGUUGCAUUACGCCGACUAUGCCUCUCCGCCGGAUCCCAUCCGAGCAUCCAAGUGUUUCCAGAAAGCGUUUGAGCUGGAUCCGAGGCAGACAGUGGCUGCACAAAGGCUGGCUACUGGAUUUGCGGAUGAACAAGAGUGGGACUUGGUCGAGGUGAUUGCUAGACGGACGAUUGAAGGUGAGGGAGGUUUGGAGGCUGGUAUGAAAGCCGCGAUCCAGGCGUUCCAGGUGGCGCUUAGAGCCGAACCCGAUGAUGGGAACUUGUGGUUGCGGCUGGGAGAGGCCUACAGCAAGGCUGGAAGGUAUGUUGCUGCAGUGAAGGCACUCGAGCGUGCACAUGUCCUGGACGAGAAGGAUUGGUUGCCUCAGUACUUCAUUGCUGUCUCACAGGCUGGGGUCGGACUUUAUGCCGAGGCAAUCCAGGGGUUCAAGGCGCUACUCGAGGAGCACCCAUUGGAAUUGGGCAUCAUUGCAUCUCUGGCGCAGGCGCAUCUCCAACUCGGCGUUGUGGAACUCAACACUGGCUUCAGAUCCAGGGCCGAAUCGUCGUUCAUCACUGUAGGAGAAUUGGCACUAAAGAUCAUUGACGCUCAUCCGGGUUUCCGCGGUGUUGCUUGGAAGUUGAUCACAGAUGCUGCCUACCACCUUUCAAGACUUUCCUCGUUCGAGAAUUUCGAGGGUGUCAAAGAGGUACAUGAUGCGUUUGAUAAACUGCUUCCUGGUAUCAGUGAAGAGCUUGGAGGGGAAGUCAAUCCGAAACCUGAAGAACCGGAGGCGAGCGUUGAGGGGAGAAGUAUGUUGCGGAUUGCGAUUCGAGCGGCUGAGUAUAGGAUUGGCCUGCCCUCGACAUCAAGCACCCCUGACCACAGUGCGUGGUAUGAUCUCGGGGCGUCUGUACACCUCUGGGCACUCCGAACGCGCAAGGAAGACAAAUUGGGUCCGCUCGUCAUCAAGUAUUUCUCCAAAGCUGUCAAGCACGACCCUGGAAACGAUAAAUACUGGGUUGCACUCGGUUUGGCAUAUUUCACGACGACUCCAAGGGCGGCUCAGCAUGCGUUCGUCAAAGCACUGGAGAUAGACGGAAAGAAUGCGCAGACGUGGGCUACGCUCGGGCUGCUGUAUCUGCACCAUGGGGAUGUGGAUUUGGCAGAGGAGGUGCUGCAGAGGGCACAGACGCUUGACCCCGACUGUACAGUUGCGUGGGUUGGGCAAGCUGUUGCUGCUGAGCUGCGGGGGGAGAGAGCGCACGCGGAUGCGUUGUUCGUGCAUGCUACUACGCUCGAUGAGAUUUUGCCCGAGGCGGAUUAUAAUACGAGCUAUAGAUUGUUCAGUCGCCCGAGGGUGGUUUCACAAUCUCCGGCCAAAGUUUUGGACGAUCUUCUCCCCUCGUAUUACCUCCUUACGCGGUAUUGCUCGAGAAGGCCGCACGAUGCUGCGGGUCUACACCUCUUCGCCCUCGUCUGCGAACGUCUAGGCCAUGUCGCAUUCGGUCGCAAACUCGUCCAACAUGCCAUCGAGAUCCUCGAACGUGUUUACGAACAUACAGAAGACCCCAUCGUCGAGCGUCAAUUCAUGAUCGCCAACGCUACUCUGGGCCGACUCAACCUCGCGUAUGGCGACCCUGAUGCCUCCUUGCCAUCUUUCGAGAGUGUCCUCGCCCUCGUCCAGGAAGACGCGAGCAAAGAGCUGAAGAGCAAGCUGGAGGCACAGGCGAGGUUGGGAGUUGGUAUUGCGCAGAUGAUGCAGACUGAUUUCGGGAGCGCCUUGGCUACGUUCCAGGAGGCGCAGAGGGUGGCUGAGGAAGAGAGUGCGUGUGAGGUACUGAAGAGUCAGACGAGUAUCGUCCUUGCACAAGUUCUUUGGAGCCUUGGGGAGGCAGAGUUUAGGGAGGCUGCAAAGACCGAACUAUUGAAAUGCAUUUCGGAGGAGAGCACCAAUCUGGCUGCGAUCAAGUCAUUAGCCGCAAUGGGCAUUUUGAGCAGUGAUGAAGGGUUGGUAGAUGCCGCUGUUUCGGAGAUAGUGGCCCUCCCUCCAGAUGAGAGGAUUCAGCUUGAUUCUGAACGCAAUGUGGACCAUUUGUUGAUUCAAUAUCAUCUAAGCCGGGGCGAGUUGACUCAAGCACUCAAGUUAGCGGAGAAGAGUCUAUUCUGCAGACCUGCUGAUCAGGGCCGAAGAAACACCUUGGCUUCGCUUCUACUCAAGGCUGAUUCACCAGAGCGAGCUCUUGCUUUGCUACGCCAAUCCGAGCAUUCCGGAGGACCCAGUGACGAAGACGGGAAUCUAAAAUUGUCGUUGAGGCCUCAAAGUUUGGCUGUGAAAGCGCUGGCACAUGCGAGGGUGAAUGCGAUUGAUGAAGCGCUAAGGUGUGCGCAGAAGGCGAUUAUGUUGAGGCCGGGUGGUGUGACUGGAUGGAAGGUUUUGGCGCAGGUCAGGCAGAUUAGUAUCUAUUAA